AUGGCGGCGGCGCUAGCCGCGCUCCCCCGCGCCGCUUCCUGCCUCGCGCCUCGUGUCCGCCAGCUUCCCUUCCGCGCUCUCUGCGCCGCAGCUGCGGCCGGGGAGGCCUCGAAGCGGAGGCUGGUCCUGUACACCAAGCCGGGGUGCUGCCUCUGCGAUGGACUCAAGGAGAAGCUCCACGCCGCGUCGCUGCUCGCUGGCACGCCCUACUCCCUCGCGUCCCUCGAGCUCCAGGCAAGCCAAUUUGCUCGCCCUACUGUUUUGCAUUCCAGUAACUAG